AUGGACGCGAUGCGAGCGUGUCGCUGCUGCCUGCUGCGCCCCCCGGACAAGGACCUCACGACGCCGUACACGCAUCUCGGCCAAACAGAGACAUAUGCCGACAUGAUCAAACAGUGCUUCGACAUAAAUCUGGUGGUGGGCGGCUCGGGCUCGUGCGGCAUCUGCUCUAUGUGCGUGGGCCGCCUGCGAGACGCGAGCGACUUCAAGCUGCAAGUGCAGCACAGCCAGGCGGAGCUGCGGGCGCGCACGCUGGGAGCGAGUGGUGUUAAAGAGGAAGAAUCUGCAGUUGAACCAGAGAAUCCUGAAAUGCAAGAUAUAGAUGGCACCGGUGACCCUGUAUCGGGUGAGUCUACUCCUCUGCAAUCUAACAUGGUCGCCCUAAAUCGACUUGGCGCCGUUCUGUGGAGCAAGAGCUGGGUGUAUUGGGGAUGGGGUGGGAGGAGGCUACCCAAGCUGCCCAGGACCGGAGUCAGUGGAAGAAAAAGAUUCGAGCCCUACACCCCAGCAGGGGGUAACAGGAUGGAAAGAAGAAGAAGAAGAAUAUCAUUGUGA